AGUUACUCUGACCGAGUUGCUAAAGAUUGCAGUUUCCUCGCGAGGGAAAUGAAGAUCACUGCGAGUUUCGUGGUCGUGGCUCUGGUGGGCUGCCUGGCUGCUGCAGAGGAGUCGCCGCAGAAUGAGUCAGAACAUGAAGCAAAGUUCUUCGUUAAGAGAUACUCGACGCGAACAUGGACCUUCUUGUCCUCUUUUACAUCUACCGUGCUUUACACUUGUUACUCCACUGGCAAUCCAUUCGAUGCGUGCGAGGGACGAAAGUUCCGUCGAAUCAGGAAGAUGGACAUCUCGUUGUCUGACGAACCGGACGAGGGGCUCGCCGGCAGCCUCACCGACGACGAGUUUGGCGAGGAGAAAACCGACGCAGAAAAGGCCUUCUUCAGAGUGUGGGUGACGAGCAGCACGACCAUCACGGUGACUACAUACUCCACCAACAGAUCCGUCACUGUAUCAGUUUUCGCCUAUUGCAGUUACAAUGGCGUGGUCCUGAAUAUAUGUUAACGUUGCGAUGAAAAUCUGGACUGUUAAGCCAUUUUUAUCACUAUCAGGACUGACUCGAUUUCUUUGCGUGAGUUCAAGUUUGCCAAAUAAACCUGGAUUUGAUUUGUGAAGAAAAUUUAGAGAAGUUACUGACAAUGAUGAAAAUGGACAUCUUUACGUCAUAAGUUUGUGUUGUGUAUGUACAUAACUGACCCCUGUAUGUAAAUAAAAUCAUAAAGACAUU